AUGGUCUACAACAAUGUUAAACGCAAGAGAUCAUGGAGUAAAAAAGAUGAACCGGUUCAAAGCACUUCGAAAGCCGAUAUUCAUCAAAAAAAGCUUCUACCGGACAACAUAACGAUCAAUUCUGAAGUGUACUGUCAUCAGCUGGACAAAUUGAAUGAUUCACUUAAACAGAAAAGGCUAGAAUUGAUCAAUAGAAAAGGUGUAGUGUUCUACCAAGAUAAUGCGAGACCUCAUACAAGUUUAGUAACUCGCCAAAAGCUUUUACAGCUUGGAUGGGAUAUACUGCCACCAUAUUCUCCAGAUCUGGUACCUUCUGAUUAUUAUUUGUUCCGGUCUCUACAAAAUUUUUUAGACGGUAAAACCUUUACUUCAAAUGAGGAAGUCAAAAAUCACCUGGAUCAGUUUUUUGUCAGCAAAGAACAAAAAUUUUAUGAGCAUGGAAUCAUGCUACUGCCAGAAAGAUGGCAAAAGGUAAUAAUGGCACCCGCUGCAGAACUGACGGCGAUUCCGGCCAGAACGAAAAUAGAUGGAGUAUCUAAAAUAUCCAGUUCUUAUUAUCUUGGAAUGGAAUUUUGA